AUGACAUCACGGAGGAACACGAUCGUCUUCUUCUGCUGCUCUACAUCCUCAGCUUCUUCAUUACAAUCUUUGUAUCCACAACAAGGUCAAGCGUUUCAAGCUCCGAAUGUGGAGGAACCACAUGUAGAACCCUCUUCUUCUUCAUCAACCUCUCAAUUAUUACUUCAACAUGUACCAAUGAUUUCAAAUCCUUCUCAAAACAAAUUAACCAAUCAGGAACAACUCAGUGGACAAUUCAAAAGGAAUAAUCAGCUCGUACAUACAUGUGGGGAAGCAACAAACUCAUCACGGACGUCUACAACGCCAAGUCAGCACCAUCAGGCUCGGUUGCCAGUGACUCUUCAAGACAUGUCGAAAUAUUUUAAAGCAUCACAAAUGAUUGCAGCACGCAUGCUUGGCGUGAGUGUUUCAACCUUGAAAAGGAGAUAUAAGGAUGUUAGUAAAGGGGAAAGAUGGCCUUAUUCAAAAAUGUCAACUAAUGAAAAAAAGAGGUCUUUGUGGUUUUACAUCAAUGAUGAAGAUGAAGACGAAAAAGCAUUGUCACAAGAAUGUCUUCUCGUUCUUCAAAAAGCUUUCAAAAAUUGCACCCACUCAACCAAAUACUACUUUUCUGAUUUGUCAUUUCCCACCAACAAGAAAAACAAGUCUUCCAUCACCAUUGUGAAAUAUACUCCUCCAAACAGCACUCAAUAA